CACUGACAAGCAGUCUGUUUUCACUGAGGAAACUCAAGACAUUUUGCAACUGAGUUACUUCUGAGGACAAACUGCAGACUGGGCAUGAGGUCAGAGACGUGGGCCUGCAGUGGGAGGAGUGGAGACUGAAAAUCAGAAAGCUCAUCAGUUUAAUCAGGAUGGGCUGCGCUUGCAGUGGCCAAAAAGACGUAAAAGAUGAGAAUUCAUUUUACAAAGUAAAGAACCCCAAGACAGGCCACUCAUCAAACCGCACAGAACACAAAGCAAACACCUAUUCAUCUAAUGAUGAAACCGUGUUUAUAGCACUGCAUGACUUCAAAGCGACCAAUGACAGCGAUCUUUCUUUCAAGAAAGGAGACAAGCUCAAAGUUUUACAAGAGAGUGGAGAAUGGUGGCUGGCUAAAUCACUUCUCACUGAUCAAGAGGGCUUCAUCCCAUCUAAUUAUGUAGCCAGAUCAGAUACGCUGGAGGUGGAGAAAUGGUUUUUCAAAGAUGUGAGUCGAAGAGAGACGGAACGGCUGCUUCUGGCUCCUGGAAAUAAACCAGGCUCCUUUCUAGUUCGAGAGAGUGAGACUUGUAAAGGGUCGUACUCACUGUCGGUAAGAGACAAUGAUCAAGAACAAGGAGACGUGGUAAAACACUACAAGAUUCGCUGUCUGGACAAAGGUGGUUACUAUAUCUCCCCCUCCAACACCUUCCCAUCUUUACAAGAGCUGGUGAAGUACUACACCCGUACUGCAGACGGGUUGUGUCUUCGACUAUACGCUCCUUGUAAACAAAAGGCCCCUCAGCAGCCGUGGGCUCAAGAUGAGUGGGAGAUUCCAAGAGAGACGCUGAAAAUGGUGAAGAAACUCGGUGCUGGGCAGUUUGGAGAAGUUUGGAUGGGCUUCUACAAGAGCACCCAGAAGGUCGCUAUCAAAACGCUGAAAGAAGGAACGAUGGAGCCUGAGGCCUUUCUUCAGGAAGCUAACCUCAUGAAACAGCUGCAGCAUGACAGACUUGUACGACUCCAUGCUGUUGUCACCAAAGAGCCUAUUCUCAUUGUGACCGAGUUCAUGGUGAAUGGCUGCCUUCUUGACUUUCUAAAAACCGAUGAAGGAAAAAAUCUCAAGAUGAACAAAUUGAUCGACAUGUCAGCGCAGAUAGCCGAGGGUAUGGCAUACAUUGAAAAGAAGAACUAUAUUCACCGUGACCUUCGCGCAGCGAACAUACUGGUCAGCGAGACGCUCCACUGCAAGAUAGCUGACUUUGGCCUUGCCAGGAUUAUUGAGAAUGAAUACACAGCACAAGAAGGUGCGAAGUUCCCCAUUAAAUGGACAGCUCCAGAGGCUAUCAAUUAUGGCACGUUUACCAUCAAAUCAGAUGUCUGGUCCUUUGGGAUCCUACUGACAGAAAUUGUCACAUAUGGAAGAAUACCUUACCCUGGAAUGACCAAUCCAGAGGUGAUCAGGAACCUGGACAAGUUUUACCGGAUGCCACGGCCAGAAGACUGCCCUGAGGAACUUUACGAGAUCAUGAUGGUGUGCUGGAAACAAAAGCCUGAGGAACGGCCCACUUUUGAUUAUUUACAUAGCACUCUCAACGAUUUCUUUAUUGCCACAGAGGGACAAUAUGAGAUGCAUCCAUAGGUGGCAAAAAAAAAAGAGACACUCUUCUUGUCAAAAAUGGCUGAACCCACCUGUCAUCUCCGCUGUGACUCAUACAAAAGAUUUAUAUAAAAUAAUUCCUCUCUGUGAAUGUCAAAGUUAUUUUUGGGUUCUACUAUCUACAACGGAAACAAGCGUUGGAAACAUAUCAAAGUCAAGAACUUCAACACGGUUUCGUUAUGUUGACUUUGUUUCAGUUAUUGAUGUCUCUUGUUCUUGAUUGAAGCAUUGGAAUGUGAGUAGGUAUCACUAGUGAUGAUAUAUGUAUGUUUAUAAUAUGAUUAACAAGGGACUGGAAAUACAACGGGGUCAUGCACAUGAUGAACAGCUUUUAUACCUGGGGAAUGCAACAGAGGUAAAGCUGGAGGUGAAACAUUUGCAUGGUACUGAAAGCAACGACCUGAGAUUACAUGCACAAUACUUUGCACAUUUUUCUUCAUUUAUUUGUAUUUGAGAAUAAAAAGGCUUAGAAAAGAGAAAUUGAUUCUUUUUACAUUAUUGUUGGCAUUCAGUUAGUUGUAAGCCAGCAGAUCUGCAGUCAACACGGAUCAUCACAGAAUCUUUGAAGACUCAGAAUGCAACGGUUUCUUUGUGAUAUCUUAAAUAGUAAUUGCAAAGGUUUUCUCUUCGAUCUGCAUUCAAAAUAUUUCAAAGGGAGAACUUUCAAAUGAUUCUUUCAGGAUUUAAGAGAACAAGUUGUGUUUCUAUGCUCAGGAUUCCAUGCUUAGAUAAAAUCAAUAAAA